AUGUUGAACUCAAUACUUCCAGUCUUUGAAGAAGAUAUAUUCUUGAAAUUGCGGCCGUUUCCAGCUGAACCAACAAACUUGUACGCCAAACAUUGGCAUGAGGUGUUGGGUUCAUUUCUUUUUUACUUCUUGAUCAACAAGCUAUCACCGUUGUUUUCUAAGCGUUAUCUUGGAAGGCUGUAUACUGACUUGUCCGUGAAAACCAGAAUCAACUUUGAUAUUCAUGUUGUGGGCAUGGUGCAAUGCUUAAUUUCAAUAGCCAUUCUCUUACCAAUGUGGAACCACAAAAAUUGGAGCAAUCGGGUUGAUGAUGUUCACAGCUCUAUCUUUGGGUACACCCCGUAUGGUGGUUUUGUUUCUUCGAUGACGGUUGGCUACUUUGCGUGGGAUUUGAUGGUCUGCGUCCAGUAUUUCCGGCUUUUCGGCAUUGGAUUUUUACUUCACGCAUUUGCAGCUCUUUACGUUUUCAUCUGUGCUUUAAGGCCAUAUAGCAUGCCUUGGGCUCCAGCGUUUUUGCUUUUUGAGUUGAGUAGUCCGUUUGUCAAUAUUAAUUGGUUCGCAUCCAGGUUACCUCAGGGCACUUUCAGUGAAAAGACCAUUUUAAUUAACGGUCUUUUAUUGCUUUUCACUUUUUUCUCUGUUAGAAUUGCAUGGGGGUUCUAUGCUGUUUCAUUGAUAGCCUAUGAUAUGUUCCGUGUUAGAUCUGAAGCUCCCAUUUUCCUUCCGCUUUCCAUCUUGGGGCUCAAUCUUGUGUUGGACGUAUUGAACGUAUACUGGUUUUCGAAGAUGUUACGUAUUGCUUACAAAAAGCUCACUGGAACAGACUCUACAAAGAAGCUUACAAAUGACGCUACUGAGAAAGUUCAAUAG